CUGUUGUCCUGACGAAAACAAACAUGGAGGAAUAUGCCCGUGAGCCUUGUCCCUGGAGGAUAGUGGAUGACUGUGGAGGUGCUUUCACCAUGGGUGCUAUCGGAGGAGGGGUGUUCCAGGCGGUCAAGGGCUUUCGUAAUGCCCCUGCAGGUGUCGGACACAGACUGAGAGGAAGUGCAAACGCAGUGAGAAUAAGAGCUCCACAGAUCGGAGGUAGCUUUGCCGUAUGGGGAGGUCUCUUCUCCACCAUCGACUGUGGUUUAGUUCGCCUCAGAGGGAAAGAGGAUCCUUGGAACUCUAUAACAAGUGGUGCGCUGACAGGGGCCAUCCUGGCAGCACGCAGUGGGCCGUUAACUAUGAUGGGCUCUGCCAUGAUGGGGGGCAUCUUGCUCGCUCUCAUUGAGGGUUUUGGGAUCCUCCUCACCAGAUAUACAGCACACCAGUUCCAGAACCCUAUUCCCUUUGCAGAGGACCCCAGUCAGUUACCACCAAAGGAUGGAGGUCAGCAGCAGCAGGAGGCGAAGGGACAAUUUCAGUAGAGAGCAACAGGGACUGAGACCAGCUGUAAACACAGUGAGUCAGACCAGAGAGUAGCGGGGGAAACCAAACAUUACAGUGGGUAUCAUGAUGACCAGGAGGUGGAGAUUCUGGUCUCUACAGUGGUGUCAACUAGUUGCACUAUGUGCUCAUACCUCAGGGGCAAAUUACUGUGAGUCUUAGUUAUUUAUGAGUGAAUGUUUAUAUGUGAGCAACAAACCUCACGUUUGCACCCACAGCAUUUCAUGCAUCAUUUUCUGUAUGAAUGGUUGUUCUAUCUUCACUGUAACCUUUUGGGGUUCAAUAUGUCAUACUGAAAUGUGUUUUUGAAAACUGAUUUGAUUAUUCAACAUCAAGGCAAUAUGUGUAUGUUAAAGAAAUAGUUUGAUAUUUUGGGAAACACGCUUAUUCACUUUCUUGAUGAUAGUUAGAUGAAAAGAUCCCUCACACGUCUGCACAGUAAAUAUGUAGCUACAGCCAGCAGACAGUUAUCUUAGCUUAGCAUAAAGACAGACAACUAAUAUCCUGGCUCUGUCCAAAGGUAGGUAACAAUAUCCACCUAUCAGCACCUCUAAAGCUCAAUAAAUGAAAUGUUAUCUCUUGCUUGUUUAAUCCGUACAAAAGCCAAAGUAUUAGAGACAGUUUGUUAUUUUUUCCGUGGGCUUAUAUGCUGGACUGUUUCUUGGGUAGCACAGUGAUUUGCUGGAGUCUUGUCAUCACUGUGAGGUUGCUAGGCAACCAGCAGAGAUGGUAUCUAUGUUGUCAUGUAAGGCCCUGAUCACACAGGAAGCGUUUCAGCAGCUGGAGGAGCCUUUUUGUAAUUAUUUAUAAUGAAAAUGAAGCUUAUUGCUUGAGGUUUUUGCAUUGUGAUGCAUCUGGUGUUUCUGCACUCUAAGCACCUGGCAUUUUUGUCAGAGUGCCCUGAACGCCUCGAGUUGAAAAAACUUCAACUCAAAGCAGAAAAAACACCCCAUAUCAUCUCUUUUUUCGUCAUCUUUUUUCCCAUUGUCCAAUUGGGCCUUCUGUGGUGGUCAAAACAAGUUUACAGUUGGUAAACAAUGGAGGAGAAACUGGUGGUAGCAGGUGCUGGAUACCCAGAGCUACACGGCCCGACGACAGACAGCAGGUGGUCAAACUGCCCCCGAGUCAUCCUAGAAUAUGCCUGGAAACGGCCAUCAUUGAGUUGAAGCUCCUGGACCAACUCGUGGUACUCCCCAUGAUCCACCCUCUCUUUUAGGGUCUCAUGUACCCACACAGAUCUCUGUUUAUCUGCUGACAGCCUCUCACCCUCAAGCAGAGCUACAGACAGUACCCUCUGCCUCAACAUUGUAGGAACUAGAUACUAAUUACUGUCAAAUAACUAAAAUAAAUAAACAGUAGAUUGAUUACACAGGAAGUUUAGAAUAAGGAGGUGAGUCUGUGGUUGCCUGGCAACAGUAAAAAGGUGCAGCAAGCAUUUAUUUUUCACUGGUGGCAUUCAAUUUAAAAAAAGGCAGUGUAGUGCGCCUUGUGAUUUGCAACCUGCAAAAUGCUUUCUGUGUGAUCAGGGCCUAACUCUUGGGAAGAAAGGGAAUACGUGCAUUUCCCCAAACGCCAAACUAUUCCUUUAAGCUUCCAAAGAUCUUCUACUUGUACGCACAGAGUAUGUUUGUUCAGUGAGGUUUUACUAUAGAGAGUGGUAUUGUGAGAAUAUGUUUCUGAGUCUUUAAUUUAUUUGUCAGUUGCGACAAUCAAUGCAAAGAACUGUGUGUUUAUAAUUGAUGUGUGUGCUUUAAGAUGUGUCUGGGCUCAACCAAACCUCAUUCCACAAUUUGCAGUUUCUCUUAAAGGAAUUCUUCACCCACAAAGGGAUCAUUUGAUUAUGUCACCUUGAAUUUGUGGAGCAAACUUUGUUUUUCUCGCAAGCCUCUAUGGUGAACUAAGAAUCCAGAAAACAGAGACGUAUAUCUUUUUCCAGCCUCUCCAGGUAACCAGUAUCAUUAAGCUCCAAAUCCUCAAAACCAGCCUGAAAUUAAGGAAAUCUGAAACGAGUGCAUUAGAGUCAAUGCAGCACAGCUGUGUUGUUGUUGGACCCUGGUCUGAGCCAGCCCAAUGCUACAUUAUGAUUGGCCAGUCUGCGUCCAGGAACGGUUCUAUUCAUCAAAACUUUUAUCAGUUAUUAGAUUCUUUGUCCUCUGUCAAAGCUUGCAAAAAAAGCAAAGUUUUCUCCACAAAUUCAGUGUAAUGUAGGGUAAAUAACUGAUAUACAAAUGAUCAUUUUGUGUGUGAUGUGUUCCUUUAAUAACGUCUUGCCUCACCCGGCAGCUUUAGUCAUUUUGAAUCUUUGUUGAAUAGUUGUCAUCUUGUGUUUUAGAAGGAGGAGCACAAAUCAUGAAAAAUAUGAAUGGAUAUUUUAUUGCUUUAAUUACUGGCACAUGCACCUGUGUAGUCACUUUGAUCGCUGUAUCAUUCAUCAAACAACAAAGCACUUUUUAAACUCCAUCUCUCUGUUUUCUUGAGAUCGUAGCAUCUGUCACAGGAGAGAGGUGAUGCAGUGUGAUCCCAGCAUUUGCUGUACAAAAACUAUGUAUAGAAAGAAUGCUUAAUUUAUGUAUUGAAAUAUAUUUAUCUUGCAAAAACUGAUUUUAAAAGACAAUAAAGGCAUCAAAUG